AGCGCAGGUAAACGAAGCCACACAGAAAAAUUUAAGUUUUAAUCUGAUCACUCAGGGAAUACUGCAAAUUAGAACAACAGCAUAUCGCUUUUACAGUCUGUGGCCAGUACAAAAGUUCCAUGAUAAUACCUUUUUUUUUUUGGUAUUUUCCAUGAAGAUUCGGCAUCUUUAUGUGUAGGAGUUAUGAUGUUGGGUGUUUUAUUUCUCUAGUCGUCAUGGAUACAAGAGCAAUAGACCAGUGUGUGCUGCAGAUGGAGAAAUUCAAUGCAGACAGAAGCUAUGGGAACAUCUUGACCGUCCUCAGUGACCUUGAUAAGGCUCGAGUCACAACAGAGCAGCUGGAAACCACAGACGUUGUCCGAGUUCUUUACAAGGUCCUGAAAAGCUGCUCGGACGUCAGCGUGAAGAAGAAAAUCAAGCACUUGUUGUGCAAGUGGAGACGAUACUGCAGAGACACACGGGGUGUCUCUGUGAAGGUCUUAGGACCACACAAAGAUGAGGAGGGAGGACUUUCCCCACACUCUGCUUCAGUGCAGGCAGGUGGCAGUGGUGCUGCUACAGCCACAGAGGGAGGUGACGGCCUCCAGGCUGCAGAGAAGACAUCUGUAUCUUCUGAUAUUCCUUCCGUAAGAGCCAAAUGUGCUCAGCUGCUCCUCACCGCCCUCUGCACUGAACCCUCUGAUCAGGAUGUGGCUGCACAGCUGGCCGGCAACAUAGAGCAACACAUCCAUGCACUCCACAAAUCCAACCAGGCCAAAUACAAAACCUGCGUGAGGAGCAAAGUGGCCAACCUGAGGAACCCGAAAAACCUCCACCUGCGCCUCAGCCUCCUGAGCGGCUCCCUCUCGCCCGAGGCCUUCGCCUGUAUGUCAGCAGAGGAGAUGGCGAGUGCAGAGCUGCGGCAGCUCAGAGAGGCGUACUCGUCGCAGGGACUGAGCGAGAGGCAGCUUCCACAGGGGACCCAGGGGACGCAGACGCAGAAGAUCCGCUGCAAAGGUUGUGGAGGGUCGGACUGUAGGGUGACACAGGUGUCCAGAGGUGCGCUGUUCCUGCCGGCGUGGGUGAGGCGGGGCGGCCCUGACGAGGAUGCAAUGACCUUUGUGACCUGCAGUGACUGUGGGAAGCAGUGGUACCACAGCGGCUGGAUCUGUCUAUAGAUUAGGAAUUAGGGAUCAUGGCACAAAACCACUUUUUCGAGUCUGAUACCAAUAUCACAAACUUGAGAAUCUAACAAUACCGAUGUCACAUUUUAAACCUGUUAACAACGCAUUUGUGUAACAAAUAUUCUUCUCCCAUGAAGAAGAAAUAAACAGCACACAACAUCAGACUCAGCUAAGAUGAUGUUGCUGAUUUGUAUUUGUACAUUUUUAUGCAUAUGCUUUCUGGAUUGUAUGGGAUUUUCUGAAUCUGUCCAAUAUCAACCGGUUUUCUAUAUCAUAUAAUAUACUGGCUGACCCCUAAGAAAAAGAAUUUCCAAAUAUACUAGUAUACAGGAGAAAACUAAGAAUUACAUACUAUAGAAAUAGAAAUAUAUAAAUCUGUGUCACCAUAUUCAAGACAGAAUAAAUUAAAUACCAAUAUACAGUAUAUAAACAGUACUUUAACGUAAUUUAUACAUGAUUAAUUGCUGGAAUAUGCAAAAAUACAUAAAUGUAAAUGUAGGUCAAAGAGGAUUUAUUGUGAUUUGAUCGAUAAGGGCAAGUUUCCUUUCCUCUUUAAAUUAAACUUUAAUGAUACGUGUCUUAAGACGAUGAGUCACAUUAUUUACAAAAUCAAUGCAUCUCUUUUAUCCAAACAAAAAAGGUACAGUUGAAUACAAUAUGUACAACAGAUUUUGUAAGGGUAGCUGCUACGUUUAGCAAACAAAAUCCUAGGCCAAAAUGAAUAGAAAACUGAAAAGAAGUCUGGAUUUUGAAGACAGUGAUGAACUGAACGUCCGACAUGUUGUGAGGUGAACUGGCCACUGCUAUACUUUUAGCUGUUUCUGUUCAUCAAGGAGGAAAAGAUGUCUAAAACCACCUCAAUAUCGAUAUUUCAAUUUUCAGCCCACCCUUACACUAUAGGCACCUGAAGUAACCUAAAUAAUAUCACAAAGCCUCUGUGUUAAGUUUACUGCUACUUUUUUU